AUGAGAGAGGAUGAGAAUAAGAAUAAGACUGAGAAUGGCGACAAGCUGUCAGCGUCAGCGUAUACAGAGGAACUCCCCGAGGACAAGAAGCAGAAGCGAUUAGCAUAUGGGGAGCGAUACAGUGCGAAAGAAGAGUCGAUGCGUAAUGACUUCAGCUUAGCAUAUGUGAACACGUUAAUACGGCCGCAAGAUCAGAUCAUAAACGCGUACAGAGAAGGGCGAUUCGAUGAGUAUCCGCGGUUAAAGCACCUACUCGCGUUGAAAGGGGAGCUCAUUGAGAAGCACUCAUACCCGCCAACGUACCUCCCAUUCAACCUGGUCGAAGCUAUCCCAUCAUCGCCCCACGAGCAUUCUCGGUUGUUUGAUGUUAUUAAUUUGGGCAGCAAGUUUGAUGUUAUUUGCAUCGAUCCUCCACUGGCAGGCUCACAGUCAGCUCAAGUUCAGGGUUCUCAAUGGACUUGGGAUGCUCUCGCUACUCUCCCCAUCCGCCAGCUCUCGGCUGAUCCCAGUUUCGUCUUUGUCUGGGUCGGCAGUGGUGGCGAUGACGGGCUCGAGAAGGGCAGAGAAUUGCUUGCAAGGUGGGGGUAUAGACGGGCCGAGGAUGUGAUAUGGGUGGAAACUACGGCCGAUGAGGAGGAUGCGAAUGAUGACGAGGUUUUCGAGGAUAAAACCUCAGACACACUCUUCAAACGUACCAAACAGCACUGCUUAAUGGGCAUACGCGGUACAGUACGCCGUGCAUCAGACUCGCACUUUGUCAACUGCAACAUAGACGUAGACACCAUCAUAGCCAAGUCAUCGAAGCAGAAGCCAUCCGAGCUACUAGCGCUGAUAGAGACAUUCUGCAGUGGUACACGUCGACUAGCGUUAUUUGGCACACCACACGAAGCACGCAGAGGCUGGUUAACUGUGGGUUUGGAGGGCGCAGGUAGCGCUGGAGACACACCGUACACGCCUCCUCACGGCGUCGAGCUGUUCGACGCCAAAGAAUGGAGCGAGCGAUUCCCUAACAAUGGAACAAAUCUCGUACCGCUUACGCAGGAAAUCGAUAACUUGCGUCCCAAGUCACCUACGCGAUCGCAGUCACAGAACAACAGCAGGAAUAACACUCCCAAAACAGACACGCGCACUCCACCAUCCGUGACGCGACCACCUCCAGUAGACACCGGCAGGGACAGCCCUUUUAAUGCGCAAUUCAAUGCUCAGAUGCAGUUGCAGAUGCAGAUGCAGAUGCAGUGGCAGGCGCAGUGGCAAAUACAGUGGCAAAUGCAGGCGCAAGCAGCGCAUAUGCAGAUGUUUGGAGGGAGCACUGGAGGAGUGGCCGGGGGUUUAGGUGAUGCUUUAGGUGCUUACAAUGCCCACAACGCCGCCGCAUCACCUAUCCAAUCACCGCAGAUGGUCUAUCCACACUCUCCACAGCCUCGAUAUAAGCAGCAACGGCCACGACAGCAAGGGCAACAAGGGCAACAAGGACAACGACAGCAGCGUUAA